AGGGCCCUACCCGUACUAAUAAAUUUCUAAUAGGCCUAAUAUGGAAUCUACAAGUAAGACUUGUAUUAUUUGCACCAAAAAAAAAAAAAAAAAAAAAAUGGAAAUAUAAAAUGUGCCUCUAUUAGCGGUGAUUUUAAAUCAUUAAACGAUUGACGGUUUGUAAAAAGGUGUGAACGCACCAUUGUUUAAAGUCUAUCAAUAAAAGACAAUGGCCACCGCUCUCGUCUAACCUACACCGCUAGCGCCUCGCGUAAUGUUACCGUCAAAGUGACCAAUCGGAGAUGGGCGCUCUUUUGUUUUACGUAGGUUACCUGAUCACGAGGGAGAAAUCGAUGACCGAGUUAGCAGUGACAUUAGCAGACAGAGAAUAUAAAUAACCGAACUUCUGUCUAGGUUCAUAUCGCUCAUUGAGUUCAUACAGUUAAUCGAAAAAAGUUACUUUGCUCCUGAAAUCUGUUAUCAUUUUAGUUUGAUCCGAUCCUGAAUAAUGUCUGUCUUCCACAAUUUGACCUGCGCCACUGACUUUGACCAGGCAUCUCCCGUGUCGAUUACCAGCUCUUCAAAUGGAUCGGAAACAUCAUCGAAUGCAAGUUCAAAAAAUCGACGGGGUAAUAAGGGUAAGCUGCGACCAGACUACAAACGCCGUAUCAAGCUACCUUAUUCUUACGUCGAGAUGAUCACUAUGGCCAUUAAAUCUUCAUCUUCUGAUAAACUGACUCUUCGAGACAUUACCGACUUCAUGCAAGAAAAGUUCCUUUGCUUUCGUGGCGAAUACGUCGGAUGGAAGAACAGUGUUAGACACAAUCUAUCUACUAGUAAAUGCUUCACUAAAGUUCUGCGACAUUCCAGUCGACCGUAUGGUAAAGACAACUUCUGGAUAAUGAAUGCAGAAUGUGAACAUUGCAAGAAGAAAUGUGAGAACGAUGUUGUGAGCAAACGAAUCCUUUCUAACCACACACCUAUCUCCGAUUCAAUUCCACCUGUGUCUCCUGCAUCGAGUGAGUCAUCUACCGAUCCUGCUGCAGACAACCAAAUCAAACUACUCAACCACCCUACACCUGAAAUGUCUAGCUGUCAACGCAUGGCGCAUGGUACCAACACCGCUGCACCAGAGGAACGCUACGACGAUAGGUACUACGACCAAUAUUCAUUCACUGCUCAUCAUGGUUCCCGUCGUCAUCAUCGCUACCAUCCUUACACAUCUCCGCAUAGCAACCACUGGCAACAAAAACGUCAUCCAGGGGCACAGCAAGGAACCAACUCCGUGGAUAAUCUGGCAACUAUUCAGGAUCUGUACGUACCGGCGCAUGACAUCGAUUUCUCCAUGAUGUACAGCAAUUCGAAAACGCUCAUUAAGGAGCAGCCAGAAUGCCACGUGCCAUAUGGUACGUACUAUCCUACUGGUUUUCAAGGUUAUGAGACGCCUUACUAUCCAUAUAUGGACUACCAUCUACCAACUCCGUACCAGCUUCCGCAAGACCAGUAUGAUUGGCAGAGGGCGCCACCAGUUAACAACAGGGUAGAUGGCUACGAUUAUCCAUACGGUUUCGCUCAACAAGUCUGUGAUGUUCCGUCAUUUCCAUCGUCACCUUCGUCAAUUAAUUCAUCUAAUUCCUCUUCAUCCGAUCCAAAUGUGUAGGCUCCGACUUCUCGUAUAUUUAAGUAAGAUCAUGUUCGGUUUGAACUUAAUGUAUAUUACAUUAGAAUAUACUGCUCAUUAUGUUAACGUAUUCAACCGUUCGUUAAAUGUUUCUUCGUAAACAAGCAACCAUGAUUAUACUAAGACGGCCUAAGACCGGGCCUAAUACAUAUAAAUACCACGUGCCGUACGGUAUAUCAUAUUGUUAUCAGUUUAUGUGCAAUCUGAACUAAAUAUAGGCCUACUUUAUGUUUUUAUAACUAAACAUCUCACAAAUAAUAUUAUGUACAUUUAUUGAGUAU